UAUAUUCUGUUAUAUCUCUUGUUUCACUGCCGAGUUAAACUCCUCUAUUCUCCCAGUCCAAACUCUAAACUCAAUAACAACGCCGAAACUCUUGUUUGUUUGGUGUUGUUGAGAAAACACAACAAUGGAGUCAGCCAGAGGAUUAUCUCAAAGAGAGCAAGACAUCCAAAUGAUGCUUGCUGCCGAUGUUCACCUCGGCACCAAAAAUUGCGACUUUCAGAUGGAGCGUUACAUCCACAAACGCCGCUCUGACGGUAUAUACAUCAUUAAUCUGGGAAAGACUUGGGAGAAACUUCAAAUGGCUGCCAGGGUUAUUGUAGCUAUUGAGGACCCUCGGGACAUUAUAGUUCAGUCAGCCAGACCAUAUGGUCAGAGAGCUGUGCUUAAGUUUGCACAGUACACUGGAGCCCAGGCUAUUGCAGGAAGGCAUACUCCUGGAACCUUCACCAAUCAGCUGCAGACUAGUUUCUGUGAACCUCGUCUGCUCAUUUUGACUGAUCCACGUACAGAUCAUCAGCCUAUCAAAGAAGCUGCACUUGGGAAUAUUCCUACCAUUGCUUUCUGCGAUACUGAUUCCCCAAUGCGUUAUGUUGACAUUGCCAUCCCUGCUAAUAACAAAGGAAGGCACAGCAUCGGUUGUCUGUAUUGGAUGCUGGCUAGAAUGGUUCUCCAAAUGCGUGGAACCAUUCGUAGUGGACAGAAAUGGGAUGUGAUGGUGGACUUGUUUUUCUUCAGAGAGCCAGAAGAGCCUAAAGAAACAGAUGAAGAAGAAGCUGUUGUUACUGCUGACUAUGGAGACUAUGGCAGUGUUCCUCUUAUUGGCGACCAGUGGGCUGCUGCUCCUCUUCCAGGAGAGACACUUGCUGGUUCAGUUCCUCCAGUUGCUGAAGCUGACUGGACUACUGCUCAAGCUCCACCGGCGGCAGCUCCAGUAGCAGCUGCUGCAGCUACAAUAUCUGAUGGUUGGGAAGAGGUUACUGCUCCACCACCUGCAGGAUGGCAAUGAGCAAUGGUUUAAAAAAGUCAAAAUUUUGAACUUCUAGAGCAAUCCUGAAAUUUUGUUAUUGAAUUAAAGCUACACUAUGAUACACUUCAGUUGUAGACCUUUAAGCAACAUGAUUAUGUCUACAUACAUUUGUCACAGUAAGUUGUAAUUCAAUCAGAUUGUUUUCGUCUUUGUUGGAUGUUAGUAUUUUUUUUAUCAACUACACGGAGUUUUGCAGAA